AGUCAAAAAUCCCAAUGGGUACUACUUGAUUAGCGAAUGAAAAGUGCUGCCUGUAAAUGUACCUAAGGUAAAUACUUAGUUCUCAUGGAGCAAUCAAGGCGAAAAGCCUCAUCAAGCCCGCGCCACAAUAUUGGCUCUCGCAAAAGCCGCGGUCGCAUUAUAGCGGCUGUCUUAUUGUUCAACAUCGCAUGGCUAUCAUGGACUUGGGUACCCCGAUACGCUAAAUCCGAACACGAUACCACUCGGGUGCAGAGAUGCGCUAUCGAUAAUCUCCACGGAGACCUAUCUUUCCUCGACGGCGCGUCGCCUAUUGGCAAAUUCGAGUUCCUGGAAAGAAGAGAUCGCCUCGCGCGAGCUUUGGCCGUAUCUGAUGUCGAUGCUUUCGUCCUUGAGCCGGGGUACACGUUCCAAUAUUAUGGGAAUAUCUCGCAAAGCGAUUGGGAGCCGUGGGAGCCCGAGGAAAGACCAUUCCUAAUGGUAAUCCUACCCGUGACCUCCGAGUCCGGCGCGGUUUCCGCCAAGACGGCUUUUCUCGCCCCGCAUUUCGAAGAAGGCCGGGUCCGCAUGCUCGGGAUUCCCUCCCGGGAGCCCGAAUUGGACAUCGUAACCUGGGAAGAACAUUGGGAUCCUUACGAUACCCUACGUCGGUCUCGUAUUUUUGCAAAUAUUAAUGGUGCAGGCGAGCACGGGAGAAAACCUAGACUAAUGAUCGAUGAGGAGAUGCGAGAUUUUAUCGCGCGCGGACUUGCGAAUACCGGGUUCGAGACUUUCGGGUUGAGCCCGGAGGUCGAACUGGUAAGGCAGCUAAAGAGCCCUGCUGAAGUAGAAUUGCUCCGCGCUGUGAACACCGGCACUGUCGCGGCGGUAAGGGCGAUGCGUCCGUGUCUCGUGGCUGGUUUGACCGAAGACGAGGUACGGGGAAUUCUCGAUGCAUCACUGCUCUCCGUCGGCUUCUCUCUCUUCUUUAAUAUAGUGCUCUUCGAAGAAGACGGUGCCUUGCCUCAUGGUGGUUUUGUCGUUGGUAAAAAGAAACUAAAUCACGAGACUAUGGUUGUAAUCGAUGUCGGGGCCCAUUACUUGGGUUAUUCUUCCGACAUCUGUCGCAGCUUUUUCAUAGAUCCGGAGGCCGCUAAAAGUGGUAGGAUAUACUCCACUUUAGUUGCACCUCUCUUGAAGAUGAUGAAGCUACCGACCGGGCUCCCCUCGGUUCCUGAAGGGGAUCAUCAGCUGCACGAAGAAAAGUUGAAGGUAUGGAAUAUCGUAUUAGAAGCCCAGACAGCUGCAUCAAGGGAGUUCAGAGCGAACAAUACAGCGGCGAAUGUCGAUCUUGCCGCCCGUAAGAUCAUAGAAGGAGCAGGCUACGGUCACGCCUUUACGCAUCGGCUUGGUCAUGGAAUUGGAAUAAAGGCCCACGAAUCACCUUACUUGAAUAAGUGGAAUACGAAAGUCACUCUCCAGCCUGGGAUGACAUUUACGAAUGAACCUGGUAUAUAUCUAGAAGGGAAAUUUGGUGUUCGUCAUGAAGAUAUCUAUCUAGUGAAAGAAGAAGAUGAUGCGGAGCUAUUAACAGGACGAAGAGCUACGGGGCCCUAUGACCCCUGAUAGACAUAACGCGUCACCGAGAUUGAGGACAGUCGGUGUAUAGUCAAUAAGUAACAAGUACGAUCUUGUCUAUAAUGAAUUUUUAGUAUGAUCCGGCUAUUAAGGGUUACAUUAGACGGUAUCCAAUGCUAGAGCAACUAUUGACGCCUAAAUUUCAUCAAUUUCACAAUGGCCAAGUCGCAUGCCCUUCCUACUACUCUAUGGUAAAAUUCCGACAAUCAUGUAGAAUCAGUUAGCUUUGAAGUGGAUGUUAGGCAUAAGACGUGUAGGAC